AUGGAGUCCAACUCAACUGGUUCGAAGCUUCCCCGUCAAUUGGCUCAGAUUGUGGCUGGUAGCAUUGAUGGCAGAACUGCCAACAUCAGAUAUCGCCAAAAAGAAUUCCACCGUCUGCAAAAUGCUAUUCUUGAGAAUCUGAAUGAUUUCAAGCAGGCUAUUGCAGAUGACUCGGGCCACACCCCAGAGGAGGUGCAGACAGAGGUCACUUUGGCUUUGAAAGAGAUCCACACGCACUACGCCUCUCUCGAUGUUGCGAGAAGCUUGGAAGUUGAAUACAGAAUCGCAAAUGGCAAGGAUAAUAAAGAUCGGAAGAGAGGUGCUGGGAUUGUUUAUCUCAUUCCCUCGCAGCAUACCCUCUUCUACUCUGUUCUCGCGGUUCUUAGCGCAGCACUUGCAGCAGGGAACUCCUUCGUUGUUGAGCUUCCCCAAACGACUUUGAGGGUUUCUUCACUCCUUCGCUCAAUUCUUCCCAAGACUCUCGACAGGGAUACAUUUGCUGUAGUUGAGACACGACCGGAUGAUGACUUCCUUCGAUCAGCUGUUGUAUUAUCGCAACAGUCGGAGCCAGAGGAGCUGCGGACAGUUGCUAUAGUGGAUCGUACUGCCAAUCUGGACGACGCAGCAGUUGAUCUGGUCAUCUCCCGUUUUACAUUCAAUGGCCGCUCCCCAUAUUCGCCCGAUAUCAUUCUUGUGAAUGACUUCUGCGUUCAGCAUUUUAUUGAUCUGUUGAUUAAGCACGCCACGAGCUAUUUGAGUCGCGGAUUGCAGCAGGCCAAUAAGGUGCCAAAGAAAGGCAGCGGUGUCUCCCUAUUGGAACGUAUUGCAUCAGAAAAGGGCUGUCAAGUCAUCGUUUCUGGAACUGGUUGGGCCGUGGUAAAUGUUCAGGAUCGGAAAUCUGUUCUCCUGAAAUCCAAGAUCGGUGAGCGGCUCCUCUUGAUCCACCAGGUCUCGAGUCUCGAUGACGCGAUCAACUUCUGCAAUUCGUCAUAUGUCUCUGAAUCAAUUGAUGCUGGAUUGGCAUGGAUCAAUCACGUCCCCUACGAUAUGCUAAUCGGGCCAGCCCUCCCUCUCAACACUGCUCUUAAUCAAGAAACUCGGUAUGCACCGGAUUUCUUCCAAGUACCCCGCGGGCAAAUUUUGCACAAGUCCCCGAACACCACUAUAGCAAAAUUCCUGCUAAAGUCACCCGGUAAGCUGCAAAUGGAGACUUCACUGGGCCAGUUUGUGAAACCUCUGCCAUCCCUACAGCAACGCCCUGGCCACAAAAUUGGAUUCUUUGAGCAGGGCUUCAUAACAGGAGGCUUUCUCAUCCUCACCUCCCUGUUCGCUUUGGGGGCUGCAGCUGGAUACCACGUUUUGAAGAUACGUUAA